UCCCGGCGGGGUCGGACUUGUUCUAACGGCGGAUCCACUUCCCUAGGGUAUGUCACCGUUGGAAGAGGCUGGUGGACGACCGGUGGCUGUGGCGACACGUCGACCUGACGCUCUACACGGUAAGUGGGGCAAGCCUGGCGGGCCUGGGCCGCGGUCGGCUGGCCAGACCUCGAGGACCCGCCCUCCCACCGUGGAUUUUGAGCAAGGCAGUCCGGGCCGUGUCGCCGACUUGCUCCACUGCGACCUCUCUGCCUCAGUUUCCCCAUCUUCUAAAAGGUGAUAACUGAGAAUGUGCAGGGAAUGAGCUUAGAGUAGUGCCUGGGAUAUACAUAGUCAGCAUAUGUUAAGUGCUGGUUGAUGAUUAGAUUAUUACUUCUUACUGAGGAGUUUUCAUGGGGAAAUCAUUUUCCAGUCAACUGAUUUCCAGAAUUACUUUCCUGAGUGAUGCAGCUGAACCAUUUUCACUUUCUACCACUUGCAUUUUAUUUUUCUUGUUUUUAUUAUGAACUAUUUCAAAUAUAUAGAAAUAUAUAGAGGAUAACAUGGUUUCAGAUAACGAACAUGUACGCACUACCCAGAUUUAACCUAUUUUAACCUUUGCACUUCUUUGCUGCAGACUGUGUGAAACACACAUACAAAUGUUUAUUUAUAUAUGUAUGUAUAGAGGUGUAUUUAUUGCACUUUUGGAAACUCUUCAGAGGAGUUCCACUAUUAUAAAAUGGAAUUGUAGCCUUCCUUUGACGUUUUUAUUCAAUUCCUAUGUGUGUGAGCCUGUAAGCAAUAUACAGUAUUGUUAAUGUGUUAAUAUAGCUUAGAUAAUGGUAUUCUAUUUAGAUAAUUAAAUGUUAUUUUACUUAUGUAACUGCCCACAGCUAGCUUUAUUCACACCUGAGUUUUGUGAUUUAUUAUAAUGGCCAUGUGUAAAUCUAGAUCAUUCCUUUAAUUGUUGUUUAAUGAAUAUACCAAAUUUGUUUAUUUUCUUAUUGAUGUUUAGAUUAUUUCCAUCUCUUUCCUAUUAAAAACAGUGUUAUAAGGGUCUCAAACUUUACUGUGCAGACGAAUCACCUGGGGAUCUUGUUAAAAUGCAGAUUAUGAUUCAGUGGCCUGGAAUAGGCCCCAGAUUCUGAAUUUCUAACAACCUCCCAGGUGUUACCCACGUCGCUGGUCCUUGUUCCACAAGAAUGUCCUUGUGUCUAUCUUCUCGUGUCCAGGUCCAAGUUUCUCUGUAACCCAGAAGUGCGAUUUCUGAGAGAUGAGGCCUAAAGUCAUGUGGCACCUCCUUCGCCGAUACAUGGCAUCCCGACUCCAUUCCCUGCGGCUGGGUGGCUACCUGUUCUCAGGCUCCCAGGCCCCCCAGCUGUCCCCAGCCCUGAUGAGGGCCCUGGGCCAGAAGUGCCCCAACCUGAAGCGCCUCUGCCUGCACGUGGCCGACCUGAGCAUGGUGCCCAUCACCAGCCUGCCCUGCACCCUGACAACCCUGGAGCUGCACAGCUGUGAGAUCUCCAUGACCUGGCUCCUCAAGGGGCAGGACCCCACCGUGCUGCCCUUGCUUGAGUGCAUCGUGCUGGACCGAGUGCCCGCCUUCCGGGAUGAGCACCUGCAGGGCCUGACGCGCUUCCGUGCCCUUCGCUCGCUGGUGCUGGGCGGCACCUACCGGGUGACUGAGACGGGGCUGGAUGCCAGCCUGCAGGAGCUCAGUUACUUGCAGAGGCUGGAGGUGCUGGGCUGCACCCUCUCGGCUGACAGCACCCUCCUAGCCAUCAGCCGCCACCUCCGAGACGUGCGGAAGAUCCGGCUGACCGUGAGGGGCCUCUCUGCCCCAGGCCUGUCUGUCCUGGAGGGAAUGCCGGCCCUGGAGAAUCUGUGUCUGCUGGGCCCGCUCAUCACCCCAGAAAUGCCUUCCCCAGCUGAAAUCAUCACCUCCUGCCUUACUAUGCCCAGGCUCAGGGUCCUUGAGCUGCAGGGGCUGGGGUGGGAGGGUCAAGAGGCCGAGAGGAUGCUGUGUAAGGGGCUGCCCCACUGUCUGGUCAUCGUCAGGGCCUGCCCCAAAGAGUCCAUGGACUGGUGGAUAUGAGUGCACCACCUGUCCCUGAGACCCACUUCACUUCUCAUUAACGAGCCCCAGCCCCUCUGAGCAGCACCUUGCAGAGGGCAGGUGAUUAGGCUGGAGGGCCCAAAGACCACAGGUAGAGAACAGAGGCCUUGGCGCCGUCAGACAGUUGCAGUUGUUUGCCAGCUGUGUGGCCUCUGUGACAUCAGCCAGGUUCUUGGAGGCCUGGUCCCCACAUCUGGAAAUGGGGAGGGCCAUAGCUACCUCAUGGUUAUGUUGCAAAGCCUUAUACUUCACCAGCCCCAGGCCCGAGAGGGUCCUCGAAGGGUCAUUUUCAGGCCUGUCCUCAGGAACAGGAUGGAUGUAGAAGAGUGUGGUUAGGAGUUAGGGGGACCUGAGGGGCCUGGAAGGACUCUACAGGUGCACCCACACAGCUGCACACCACUGGCAUACCUGCACGUGUGGAGGAGACACAGGAAGUGCAGGUGUGACUCGUCUCUCAUGAUCAAAAUGUUAAUGAAGGUUCUAGAUUGUAUUUUCUGUAUUUUGUAUUCUGUAUUUUUCAGGUUUUCCACAAUAUGUAUUAUUUUGUUAUUAAAGAAAAAUAC